AUGGCAAAGACCCUUCAUGUGAUUUACCUUUUCCUUAGUAUUAUCCUUUUCUGCGAAUUCAUCGACGAGGCGCAUGGUAGUCGUUUGAGGUGUCAGCAUCUACCAGAUUAUUCAUGCAAGAAAAGUUCAAGCCAUCAUCAUCACCACCAUCAUCAUAAUCAUCAUCAUUAUCACAAGGAUUCUCCGAAUGAAUCAGAUGAUCUGCAACAUAGCAUCAAGACUAGGAGGAGCAAGGAUCUUUACGGUGUUAAUGCUUUCCGGCCUACCGCUCCAGGGCACAGCCCAGGCGUUGGCCAUUCGAUCAAGACUUGA